CAUCCAGAUCAAGCUGCCACGUUUGUGUACGACCUGGCUCGUGUGCUAUCCAGUCUGGGUGUGUGUGGUGCGAAUGCUUCCGUGGGAGAGCUCCGUGUCGAUGUCAACGUGUCCGUUGGUCCGAGCCGGGUGAAUCAAGGACCCCGAACGGAAGUGAAGAAUGUAAACGGCAUUCGUGGUGUGGCCCAAGCGAUUGAAUAUGAAAUCGAUCGUCAGAUGAAGCUUUUCCGAUCCGGUGAAAAACCUAUCAAUGAGACGCGAUCUUAUGAUCCCACGAGAGGUCUUCCUUCAUCACAGACGCUGGCCGACUUUGUCGAAUUAAAUCUCACUGGAGAAGUUCACGGCUCGGGCGCCACACAAGUACGAUACCUUUGUUACAGUUGCGGCUUUGAUCUUAUAAGAGACGUUAUACCCACAUUAUACCCUAGUGAUAUUCAACUGGCUACCCACGUAUUCAAUUUAACUGAGGAUUCCCUCAGGCACAUGAGGUACAUUGUUGAUAGGCUUCAAAAGGAAUUGAGACGUACGUUCGACAAGGAUGCUCGAUUUCACCGUGUCUAUUCAACUUCGACGUUGGUGACAUACUUGAAAGGUCGUUAUCUGGUUUUGAAGAUGAAUAAGUAA